AUGUUACAGCCUGACCCAGGCGGCGAUGACACAGCCCUCGACAAAUUCUUUUUCGCGGGGAUACUGCAACAGCGAGAGAGCAGCAAUACUAGUCCUAACGUUCUACCUCCAAGCCACACUGCCAAAAGCAUCAACGUGGAAAGAGAUGUAUUACAAUGGCAAGCAACGAGGAUCGCCCUGCCAUCCGACUAUAGGGAUCCUACCAUCCGAGCCAACUACAGUUUCCUUGCCCUCUCAGCAGACCAAGAGAAACCCCAGAGCGCCAUCAAGGCUCCCCGCCACGUGUACGAUCUGCGGAAUAACAGUAUCAAAACGAUGUUUGCUGGCCCAGCACUACAGGACGAAAAUGUGCCAGGCUGCUGCUGCUGCGGCAGCAGCACUGAAAGACGCCCAGUCUCCAUCCGAGUUGACUGCAGAUGCGCAACCUCCACUACGAUGGCACCCAAUUGCAUGUCCCAUGGCGGCGGCCGCCGCCGCGCCAGCACCAGCAACACAAGCGGCUACCACUCCAGACGCUUUGCUCAACCCGCCUCAGCCGCAAAAGCAAAGCCUCCUCCCAUGAGCCCAGCCACAUGUCCAAUCUGCAAGGCUGCCCCAGCUCGGCUGCAAACGGCUUUGUAUAUGGCAACAAAAAGGUGUCAAGCAGCGGCAGCGGCAGCAAGCGCAGCACUGGCAUAG